AGGGCAGUGCAACAGCCGAUUAUAUGACCUGCCAAGUCACCCUGUAAAUAGUUCUUACUGGCACACUGUGCUGUACAUUUCUGUACAUAUUUCGUUAAAAGAAAGAUAAUUAAAAAGUUAUAUGCUGUUUUAUUAUACUUUUCUCGUAUUUUGUUUCUCGUAAUAUCCUUAUGGAAUGACUUGUACCUGCCUAUGACAACCGAUUGAAAUGUGAGAGGUGUAACGUUACCGACAUCCAAAACGAUAGCCAACUACACACAAUUUGAAUCCUAUCCUUUGGAAUAGUUCAUCAGUGUGGCAUCAUGGUGAUCGUAACGGAGAGAAGCCCGGGCUCCCAGCCCAACCAUACUCAUGGAAGGCCUUUACAGGUCGGCUUCUACGAGAUCAUCCGCACACUGGGGAAAGGAAACUUCGCUGUGGUCAAACUGGCAAGGCACAAAGUCACCAAAACACAGGUGGCCAUAAAGAUCAUUGACAAGACCAGACUAAACCCAUCCAACCUAGAGAAGAUCUACAGAGAGGUCCAGAUCAUGAAGUUGCUGAACCACCCCCAUAUCAUCAAACUCUACCAGGUUAUGGAGACUAAAGAUAUGCUGUAUAUUGUGACAGAAUAUGCCAAAAAUGGAGAGAUGUUCGACUACUUGACCUCAAACGGGCGCAUGAGCGAGGAUGAGGCACGGAAGAAGUUCUGGCAGAUCCUGAUGGCAGUGGACUACUGCCACAGGCACCACAUCGUUCACCGUGACCUCAAGACUGAGAACCUGCUGCUGGACACCAAUAUGAACAUUAAACUGGCCGACUUUGGAUUUGGAAACUUCUACAACUCAGGCGAGCCCCUGUCUACGUGGUGCGGCAGCCCCCCCUAUGCAGCACCGGAGGUGUUUGAGGGGAAGGAGUACGAAGGGCCACAGUUGGAUAUCUGGAGUUUGGGUGUGGUUCUGUACGUUCUCGUGUGUGGAUCCCUUCCGUUCGACGGGCACAGCCUUCCCGCCCUCAGACAGAGAGUCACAGAGGGGCGCUUCAGAAUCCCCUUCUACAUGUCUCAAGACUGUGAGAACCUGAUCCGUAAGAUGUUGGUGGUGGACCCAACCAAGAGGAUCAGCAUGGCCCAGAUCAAGCAGCACCGCUGGAUGCUGGCUGACCCCACAGCCCCUAACCAGACCCUCAGUAUGGCACUGCCCCUCACAGACUACAACUCCAACCUGGGGGACUACAGCGAGCCCGUCCUGGGCAUCAUGCAAAGCCUGGGCAUCGACCGCCAGAGGACCAUCGAGUCUCUACUGAGCAGCAGCUACAACCACUUCUCAGCCAUCUACUAUCUAUUGUUGGAGAGGGACAGGGAGCACCGGGCCUUGCAGCUCAGUCGCCAGUGUGGACCCUGGACCCAGAAACCCAGGGACACCUCCGACUCCGGUACCCCAGAGGUCAUCAUGGAGGACAGCUUCAGAACUUCGGCCUACCCCAUUCAGUGCAAGACCACCCCUCCCAUGCAACCGGAGAUGGAAUAUGACCACGGUGCAUUGUUCCAACGUGUGGCGUUCCCGGGGGAAGCCAGUCUGAACCGCCUGCUGUGUAACCGCUCCAUCUCCCCCAACAGCCUGCUGGAGACCAGCAUCAGUGAGGAGGUCACACACACCUGCUCACCCCUCAUCCUGCCCACCACCACCUCCCGGCGACACACCCUGGCCGAGGUCUCCCCUCACUUCUACCAGUGCAACCCCCCCUCCAUCGUGGUCAGCCUCUCCGAUGGUGCAUCGUCUGACAGCUGUUUGAAGUCCUUGUCCACCCCCAACCCUGCCCUGCGCCCUCCUGUGGGGGGGCUGUCAGCCAUGCCAGCCUCUGGCACUGGCCCCAGGGCGCUGAUCUCUGCCGGUACCCAGCUGGCCCUCUCCUCUCAUCUCCUCCCCCAGGCCCAAGCUUCCAGCUUCCAGGAGGGCCGCAGAGCCUCUGACACCUCCCUAACACAAGGUCUGAAAGCCUUCCGCCAACAGCUGAGGAAGAACACUCGCACUAAGGGUCUUCUGGGUCUGAAUAAGAUCAAUGGUCUGGCAAGGCAGAUCUGCCCUCUGACCUCCGACCACAGUAGCCGUGGCAGCCGGGGAUCAAUAGGUCCCACCAUCAAUGAGCACCGCCGCAUGCUAGAGGAAGUUCUGCAACAGCAAAGAAUGCUCCAGAUCCAGCACCAGCCCCAGGCUCCUCAGUCAUCAUCUACCCAGAACCCUCUGCUCUUCCUGUCCCAGCAGCAGCCCCCCUCCCCCACAUCCAUUUACGCCACCUCAACCCUGUUUGACACCUCCGCCUCCUCCCUCCCCCAGGGGGAACAUCAACACCCCCUUUCCCCACACCAGAGUCUCCUGUCUCUCCAGCACGCCUUCUGGCAGCAGCCUUUGGAGUCAUCUUCCUCCUCCUAUGGCUCCUCUUCCUCCUGCUCCUCAUCAUCAUCCUCCUACUGCGCCUCCUCCACCUUCCUCUCCCCUGUGGCCUCCGCUGCUUACCUCCUCGAGGCUCGCCUUCACAUCAGCCAGCAACCCAGCCUCCAUCGCCAGACCAACCUACACUACCAACCCCAGGCCCAGAGCCAGGCCUUCACCCAGGGCCCCUUACCCCUUGUGGCCAGGCAGGGGAUGUGGAGCCUGGAUUCAGCCUCCGGAAAAGAGUCAGAGAUGCAGGAACUGAGUCUGGGUGGGCAGCUGAGCAGCUGUGUGAUGGUGAAGUAAUGGAAAGAAAGAAAGGAGAAACAGGAAACAACAAAUUCCUACUAGACCAGAGCACUUGUUCUGUAUGGCAACCAGAGUAAAAAUGUCAUGGUGAUGUCAUCACUGAUGGACAGGAAGGGUGAGCACUUUUUGACAGUGGGAACAGAACUUUGAGGUGUGGAGUUGCUCACAGAUCAUCAGAUGAUGAGAAGAUGAUAGGACGACAGAACAAAUUGUCCUAAGUGUGAAAAGAGAACUAUUGGGGAGAGCUAAAUGAAAAACUGAGCAUAGAAUGGACAGAUAAAGAAAGAAAAUUAUGAAAGUGGCAAAUCUAGAUUCUGUUGAACAACAUACAAACACUCACAUCUAGGUGUGUGUAUCUGUGUGUGAUCACAUAAGCUGACAAUUAAGCAAUAACAAAACUCUGGAGAGGUGACUCUUGAGUUCUUGUCAGAUCCCCAGAGAAGCAAUAAAGGUCUGGGACCACCUCAAUGCAACACUGUACCUGUCCUUUCUCCCUGAUAGGGACCCCAACUCACCCAUCUCCUUUUCUGGAGGGGUGUGUGAAGGACUCAUCUUGAAAAGACAAUGAGGAGUGGUAUAGUAAGAACUAUUUCAACAGUUUUUUCCGUUUUUUUGUUUGUUUGAAAACUGGAGGAUCUAGUCUUCCUGAUUUUGUUUUUUGUUGCUUUUUCAGUUUUGCUCAGUUUUUGUAUAGAGACUUUUAUUACAUGUCAUUGUUUUUUACUUUAUUUUUGUUUUUACUUCAUUUGCCUUUUGGAGAAGAUAUUACUUUGUGGCAAUCCUACAAGCAUGCAGCAUCAGAACUAUUUUAAUCUUCAAACUUUCUUUGAACACAAUGCUACAGUGAUUUGACAAACUGCGAGUUGUUUGUGCAAGAUUCUAGCUGAGCGAAUGCUGCUUUUACCUCAGAAGAAGAUAAAAACCUGGUAUAUCUUGAUCAGCCAAAACUGAAUAAAAAAUAUACUUGCUGAGUGUCUAAAGCACAAUAGGUAUUGCUAUUAGCAAGCAGUGUGUGUGUGUGUGUGUGUGUGUGUGUGUGUGUGUGUGUGUGUGUGUGUGUGUGUGUGUGUGUGUGUGUGUGUGUGUGUGUGUGUGUGUGU